AUGGAUGUAGGAGCAUCAACUCCGUUCCUGUGGGCUUUUGAGGAGCGGGAGAAAUUGUUGGAAUUCUAUGAAAGAGUCUCGGGAGCCAGGAUGCAUGCCAGUUUCAUACGACCAGGUGGAGUGGCACAAGAUCUGCCUCUUGGCUUAUGUAUAGAUAUUGAUUCAUUCACACAACAAUUUGCUUCUCGUAUCGACGAAUUAGAAGAGAUGUCAACCGGCAACCGUAUCUGGAAACAACGAUUAGUGGAUAUUGGUACUGUCACUGCACAGCAAGCAAAGGAUUGGGGAUUCAGUGGUGUAAUGUUAAGAGGUUCUGGGGUAUGCUGGGAUUUGCGAAAAGCAGCACCUUACGAUGUUCAUGACCAAUUGGAUCCUGACAUACCAGUAGGUACCAGAGGAGAUCGCUAUGAUCGUUACUGUAUUCGUAUCGAAGAGAUGCGACAAAGUGUUCGGAUCAUUGUGCAAUGUCUUAAUCAAAUGCCUAGUGGCAUGAUCAAAGCCGAUGAUC